GAAAGAGGCGGUUAUAGCGCGCCGGGCGGAGGGCGGCGAUCGUGGUCGUGCUGCGGGCAUGGAGCGGGUGGUGCUGGUCACGGGCGCCAGCGGCGGCGUGGGUCUGGCGCUGUGCCGGCGGCUGCUGGAGGAGGACGGCCGCAUCCACCUGUGCGUGGCCUGCCGCAACGCCCCCAAGGCCGAGGCCACGCGCGAUGCCAUCCUGGAGGCGCACCCCGCUGCCCAGGUCUCCACCGUGGAGGUGGACCUGGGCAGCCUUGCCUCCGUGCUGCGUGCCGCGAGGGAGCUCCGAUGCCGGUUCCAGCGCCUCGACUUUGUCUACCUCAACGCCGGCAUCAUGCCCAACCCACACGUGAACUUCAAGGCCCUCUGGAAGGGCCUCCUGACCGGGAAGCUGCUUCACAUGCUGACCACAGCGGAAGGCGUAAUGACCCAGACGGACAGGCUGAACGGAGAUGGGCUGCAGGAGGUGUUUGCUACCAACCUCUUCGGACACUUUAUCUUGAUUCGUCAGCUCGAGUCUCUGCUCUGUGGGAACGAAAAGCCCUCCCGGCUCAUCUGGACCUCUUCUAGCAAUGCCAGGGAAUCUGCCUUCAGCCUCUCUGACUAUCAGCAUGCCAAGGGGCAGGAAUCAUACAGUUCCUCCAAAUAUGCCACUGACCUGACCAGCGUGGUUCUGAACAGGAAACUUAAUAAGCAGGGUCUGUAUUCCAGUGUUGUUUGUCCUGGUCUCGUCAUGUCUAACAUGACCUACAGAAUUUUGCCAGUGUUUCUGUGGACGCUGCUAAUGCCCAUCAUGUGGCUGAUACGCUUUUUUGCCAAGACUUACACCCUGACACCGUUUAAUGGAGCAGAAGCCCAUGUGUGGCUGUUCAAGCAGAAGCCAGAGUACCUGGAUGCGCUUGCCAAGUACCACAGCUGUACCUCUGGGCUGGGGAAGAACUACGUGGAGCCCAGAAAGAUGGAUGUGGAUGAAGAAACCGCUGAGAAGUUUUACCAGAAGCUGUUGGAACUGGAGGAGCAGGCUCUGGAGAGAUAUGGUGACCUCCUAGACUAAGUAAAAGCCUGUCUCCGUGGGUUAACAGGCUCAUGUCAGUAAUGUGGGCUUCAUUCACUCUGGUGCUACUCGUGCCUGCCGUUGUGCAGGCACACGGCUUCAGACCCCAUCUUCCUUCUCUACAGAAGGUGAACAGUUCCUGAAGAGGGAAAUGUGAAAACUGAAGAGAAAUACUUAGUCUUUCUGGUAUGGGACCUUUCUGACAUAGAACUGGAAACCUAGUGUAGGUGGAAACUGUCUUAACACAGUUGCGAGUUUGUUUGUUUCCUAAAAGCAUGACUGAGCUGCCUACAGCUCAGGAAGAACCUCAAAACAUGGUUUACAUCUGGCUUAGUGUGGGAAGGGCAAGAGCCUGGGUGCUGCCGUGCCUCGUGGCUCCACCAGUCUUUCGAGACGGCUCCGACUCGUGACCUGUGGUUAAUCCUGCAGUACUUGAAGGCCCAUCCUUGGCAGAGCUGCUUCUGUUCCUACCCCCGAGCUGGGGCCGGCUCUCCGGGUGUGCUCAACAAGAUCUGACCUCUGGAAGUCUGGCUCUGUGACAUCUGAGGCAAAGCUCCUGGAGAAGCUGGGCUGGGCCUAAAAUGAAUGCGCACCCCUUGCCUCAGCUGUGAGGACAGAUGUCUUUCCAGACACGAGCCAUCCUGUGGAUUUGGGGCCAUAUAUUCCAACCAUGACCGUCUGGAAAGGCUGACGGUAUUGAUGGUAGCUAGGUUUCAGGGCUAGACUGCUCUGUCUGUAACACGAAUGAGAGGUUACCCUGUUAUUUUAUCUAUUUAACUGUCUUUUUAUGUUUACUGUACCAAGUAUUCUUCCUGUUGUCUGUCUCGGGAGCUGCACUGAGUGCCUGGUGUACUUCAAAUGCUGCAACAAAUAAAUGAUUGGAACUGAC